AUGCCUAACCUCACCUCCCUUGUCACCGGCGCGGAACUGAUCGCCACAGGGCCCCGAACGCCAGCCCAAGCCUUCUACCAUCAAUAUGCCUUCGCGGUCACUGUUAAAAAUUUGAGCGACAGAGAUAUCCCCCAAUUCUAUGCCAAUAAUGCUGUCUUUCACAACCAGAACGGUGUGGAUUACAGCGGUGGUCAAAUCUGGCCUUGGAUCGAGCAACUUUUUGCUCAGUUCGAGAAGCUCUCACACGACUUAGUGAAAGUUUGGGAGAUUCAGAACGACGACGGGACAGUUGACCUAGUGUCUCAUGUCGUCCGCCACAUCUGGGCUGCCGGCAACGAAGGCCAUAAUCCCACCGUAAGCGUCCCUCUAUCGAUGGUGUGCAAAAUCAGUUCCAACAACGCACGAGGGACGGUGGACGGCCUACAAUUUGAAGAGGUCUGGCUCUAUUGGGAUACCUACAAGCUCCUGCCAUACUUCUCGGAGGACUCGAUAUUGUUUAGCGCGAAGAACAUUUUCGAUGAUAAAUGA